AUGCCUGCAGAUAGCCCCGGUCCGAAAAACGGCUUCAAGUCGUUCCUCUCAAAUGCAUUGCGUCCUAAGAAAUCCCGCCAAACUCUACGGAAGGGCAGGUCGACGACAGACAUACGGGUAGCAGCCCGUGCCAGUCUCGAUGCUGCCCCUCCAAUGCCAGAGCUAGCUCCAUUGCACGCCCAUAGACUGAAAUACAAAGAGCUCCACGCCCAAGUGGACACACAGCUAGGCGAGCGAAGAGAUUAUACCGAAAUCAUCCACACCCUUGGCACACAGGACGUCAACGAAAUCACCGCACCAACAUACGAGAACAACGACCGUCGACCACGCGGUGAAGGCGACAUAGCAAGUCUCCCGCCCAAGCUAUGGUCCGAAAUAGCAGGAUACCUCAAUCCCGCUGAAGCCGCAUGCCUAGCAUUCGCCAGUACCACAUUAUACCAACGACUCGGGUCGAAAUACUUCAUAGCUCUCGACCAACCAUACAACUACACCUACAAACUCAACUUCCUCGCAGACCUGGAAAUCUCCCUCCCCCAUCACCUCCUCUGCUUCCCCUGCACCAAAUACCACCGCCGCACUCAAGAAGGCGCCGAACGCAUCCGCCCAACCCACGUCCUCAACCCACUCUUCAACUGCCCCAAUGCCACAAACGCACUGAACCCGCCACCCCGCCACCGCAUGGCCCACGGCCGUAAUCUCCCCUUCACCUUCGUCCAACUAGUCAUGCGCGCCCACCGCUUCGGCCUAAGAUACGGCAUCCCCGCAGAGGCCCUCGGACGCCGCUGGGAGCGCGAUGGCUGGUACCACACAUCCCGCUUCCACGUGCACGCCGGGCGUCUCCUAAUGCGCGUAACCAGCCAGACAUUCUCGUCGCCAGGCCUCACGCCCUCCGCGCAGCGCAUGCUGCUCUACUCGCGCGAAGACUACUGUCCGUACUUCAGCCAUUGCGCGCACUGGCGGGACGGCGAACUCAUGCCUGCGUGUAAGUGUGCGCUGGACCAUAUCCCUCGACCGCGCAGCACGGGCGGACUGCAGGGCCUGGAACAUCGAGUCAAGGACCGCAUUGCGGGGCAGGUGUUUGAUCCGAAUGCGCUGACGCUGCUGUGUGGGUUUUGUCGGCCGAUGCGGAGGUGUCCGGAGUGUCCGACGGAGUAUUUGAUUGAGGUGAAGUUGACUGAGGACCGUGGGGAUGGAAGGUUCAAGCAGGCGAUUGUUGUUACGCGGUGGAGUGAUCUUGGGGAUGGGAAGACGCCGGAGGGAAUUGAGUGGGGCGCUGUUAAUGGAGUGACAGAGGAUUAUGAUUCUUUUGUGCAUUAUGCGAAGCGCGGGAUUGCGAGUAUCUUUGAGGCGGCUUUUACGGCGGAUACGUUGCCUGGACAGCGGGUUGUUUCGUUGAAUCCGAAGAAGAAGAAGCUUGGCGAGGACGAGGAUGGGUGGUAUUAA